GUUGUCGUUGUGGUAUUUCUUGUAUGUCAAUUAGUUAAGUGAAUGCGUUGUUGUGUGAAGUAAAUAUAGUGGUUUUAUGUAUACAAGGAUUUUUUUGCAAUAACAUUAAACAAAAAACUCAGCACGAAAACAUCAAAAUGAUGAUAGACUAUAAUUUUAAAGCAGGCAUACAUGAUAUAGGUUAACACCGUAUGACGUUGGCAUCCCUGUCGAGCCAAGCUUCCAAACAACUUGAUGGCGUUUGUUGUUUUUAAAUUAUAAACAAAAUGCCGCCCUAAUUCUCUGAUGAAACUAAUAUCCUGUGAUAAAUGGUAUUACUGAACAGCCCUUCUGUAUAUGAUUUAAUGUGUAGUUAUUCGUUGUGUAAUAUUUAAAAUGGAAAGUGUGAAAACAAACGACGAAGAGUUAACCUCAACAAUGGGCAAUCUACUGUCAUCUAGCAAAGACGACAAAAACGAUGCUAGUGAUUCCACACCGACGUCUUCCACGGAUGCAUUUACCACGACAUCGACCUCACAAAUAGCGGCUGACGACCCCAUUAGCAGCACCUCGUCCGAUGUUUUGGAUGCAAAGAAAAGCACAGAAAAAGUUAACGAUGUUGCACAGAGUUCUACGAAUGUUAUUAGUAGUAAUCCUGUUAUGAGUUCAUUGAGAGAUAUGUCUAUGCGAGAUCACUCGUCUCCGAUUGUGUCCGAGAAGGAUUUGUUGGAUAUGAAUAUAACAGACACUUCGACUGAGAAAAUUACAGAAAAUGUUGACGAUAUUGUGCAGGAUUUGGAGAAUUUGUUGGGUGAACCAACAACGUCAUUUCAGUUUACUAUCAGGAUGAAAGACUCAAGCAGGAGCUCCAGUUCUAUUAUGGACAAAGAUCUCUCCAUGGAUCUUGACGCCUUUUCGGCGGAACUUCAAAUGCUUUCAGAACAAACUACCAGCCCUAAGGAAAUCUUUAAACAAAAGCCAAAAGUCGACGAAGCUGUUCCACAAAAUAAUGUCGUUGAGCCUCUAAAACCUGUCGUCAGUGAAACGCUAGAUACCACAGAGAAAGCUGACAGGGAAUGCCUAGAGAGUGCACCUGUACUAGAAGAAAAGGAAAGCUUGCCGCUUGCCAGUCAAAGCAGUGAACUUUCCGCAAACGCGAAUGACAUCAAAACAGAUACGAUAGAAAAAAUUAAUGAUCAGAUUGAAAACUGUCAGUUCGAAAUAAUAUCCGCAAGUAGCGCAAAUACAGAGGUGAUUUCAGUUGAGAAAAAAGAAUUUUCCGAGGCGGAACACAUAACGUCGACGCAGUCAAAAACUGAAGAAGAAAGUUGCCCCACUGUAGAGGAAACAAAAGAGAUGCACUCGAAUGAUGUUGAAAACACAGAAAAUGCAGUGAAAACUACCGACACUUCAGCGAGUUCAGACGAAGUAAAACCGCCGUUGGAAAAAAUCGGCGAUAGUGAAAGUCAAAAUGUUUCUGAGGAGGUAACGAGUGAAGAGAAGGAGCAAGUUGAAGAAAAAACUGUCCAGCUUGAAGAACAGAUCGUUAAAAAUGAGGCAAUAAAUAAUAAAACAGAAAAGAGCAGAUUUGAAAGUUCCCCACAUGAAUUUGAUUUAGAGGGUGCAGCUGAGGCUUUACCAAGUAAAUCCGAUGUGCAAGAACUAGAACGAUUAUCUCCCAAAGAAAAUGAGCAAAUGGAAGUAGAAGAAGUAGUUGAGUCAUCUAGUUCAUUGGAAAGUAUAAAACUUGGUGAUGUUCAAAACUCCGAAACUAGUGUUCAGUCCGAGGAUCAGAAUGUUGUAGAAGAGUCAAAAGUUGAAAGUGCAGUAAAUAUAAUAACGAGUGUGACAGCUGAGCCACUAAAAGAAAACUUGACGGUUACCGAACAAAUAACCAAGACUCCAGAGUUUACAAAAGAUGUUGAAGAACCAGCAAUAACAUGUCCAAUUGUUAAAGAACUAAUUGAAACAAGAACUGAAACACUUGAUUGUAUAGAAGGCGUCGAGAAACCAUCAGCAACGUGCACAUUGGUCGAAGAAAUAGAUGAAUCAAAGACUGAAAAACCUGAACAAGGUGUUGAAGAAUCAAAAUCAAUAUGCCCAGUUGUCGAAGAUGUAGAUGAAAUAAGCACUAAAGAACUAGAAUCAACAAAAGAGGUUGAAGAACCAGUAGCUGCAUGCGCAGUUGUUACAGAACUAGACGAAGCAGGGACUGAAGAACUUGAGUCUUUGGAAGGCGUUGAUGAACCAGCAGCAACAUAUGCAGUUUUUAGAGAAGUAGAUGAACUGAAGACUGAAGCAGUAGCAUCUAUAUCUAAUGCAGAAAUUAAAAAUGAUGCUACAGAAAUGGUAGGAAACCAGGAAACGUACGAAGAGACGGUUACUGGUGUUGAUGAAACGUCAGUAGGUGAAGUAAUUCAAGAAGAAGAAAAAAUGGAAGUUGAUGAAAAAAAAAUGGAAACUGGUACUCCUGUAAAUGAUACUAAUGAAGAGGAAAAUACGAACCUAGAACCCAGCUGUACUAUCAAGAAAGAAGAAAUAGCUUUACCUGCCGAAAAAAUUGGAGUUACAACUACUUGUACAGCAAAUGAUGAACUAGCGGACAGUGAUACUACAAUGAAUAAGAGCAAGCAGAAAUCUAAAGUUGAAAUUGAAAAUGAUAAGAGUGCACAGACUUUGGAAGGAAAAACAGAAACGUAUGACAAUGUUCAAGAUGAAAGCAUACCUAUACAAGUAGAUAAAUUAGUUGAAGAAACUUGUAAUACUCAAACGGAAGUGCUUGCGAUUUUCCCUGAAUUAGUGGACCAAACGCAACCUGUAUCUUCCUCCAGUGAAAAGGAAAAUGUGUCCGACAUCAGCGACCUCGAAACACAAAUUUCUGACAAAAGUGAACCACCAACAGAAGUUACAAAUACAGACGAAGACAAAAGGACAAGUGAUAGCGCGGAAAUGUUAAUAUCCAGUAAAAGUGAAGCCACUGAUACUUUAACAGAUCAUCAGAGUAAGGUAGAACAAAAUGUGGUUGCGGUAGAUGAAACCGUAAUUUCUGACUCUACAGAAGUGCAAAAAGAUGAAGUUUCUGAACAAAUGGAUACACCUGAUCAUAUAGAACUUCAACCUGUAGAAACGUCCGAACAAAGCAAACUGUCAUCGGUUGAAAUUCCCACGUUAAUAUCUUCAAAUGAAGGCCUUAAUGUUAUAGCAGCAGAUCUCGAAGAUGUGUCUACACCCGUCGAUUUUAUUUCUGAUAGUAUGGACAUUUCCACACAUUCACUAGCUGAUGAUCUUGACUUGUUAGUUCAAAGUGCCGUUAACGACGAUGCACCCGUCGAAACUCCAGCACCCUUUGAAGACAAGAACGAAACUACUCUGGAAGUUCCAACAUCCUCAGACGAUAAUUUGAAAAGUUUAGAAGGUGUCAUCGAAAACAACAUAUUGCCUUUGGCGAUGGAGGAUGUUCCAGAUUUAGACGUUCUAAACGCUAUAUCAACGUUAAGCGACAACAAAUCGACAAAUAUUAUUCCAGAUAUGGACCAGAAUAUGCAACAGAGUGAUGCGUUGUUAACGUCGAGUUCGUUAGAAGAGACUUCAACCGGUGACACUCCUUUCGAAGCGAAUAUCGAAAAUUCUUUGCCAACAGUCGACGAAAUUUUUGCUGAACCAAAUCAGCAGCAACCGGUAGAGUUGCCAGAUGAUAACUUGGAGACGUUAUUGGCUGUAGCGAGUUUACAAAAUGUCGAUUAUAGUAUACCACCGGUCGAGGAUUUUACGCCACCAGUCGAACCAGUGUCGGACUUUGUUCCCGAGGAAUCGGUUCCCCCUGUAGGAGCGGUCCCUAAUUUCGUUACCGAAGAAUCCGCCACUCCAUUGAAUGUUCAAAGUUUCGUUCCUGAGAAAUCGGCUACUACAUUAGACAAUCUACACAAUUUUCUUCCCAAAGAGUCUAUACCGUCAGUAGAUGAUGUUGCUUCUUUUGUGGAAGAUACAUCGAGGCUUCCAGUCUCGAGUUUUGUGCCAGAAGAAUCUGUUUUUCCAACUGAAGAUGCCCGCUUGGAACCUGACGAAGCAGAAUUUGUCCCUGCCGAGGAUCCACCGAAAGUUGAGCCCAAGGAACUGCUGACUGGUCAUUCUAAGUCAGGAGAAUCUAAAAGAGUCGAUCAAACAGACGAGCAGGUUGUGCAAGAAGAUAAAUUGAAAGAACCACUUGUCAUUAAUAUAGAAGACAAUGAUAAAGAGCGAGUGUAUAGUCCUAAAAUUACGAUAAAACCCAUUAAACCACCAGAAGAAGAAGAGACGGUGUCGAGUGCUAGUGGGGAAAAUGAAAGUCCUAAAGGUUCGCUGAAAAUGACGAUCACCAAGCAGUCAGAUAACACACAUUCUAUUCUCAAAAUCUAUGACCCCGAUGACGAUAAUGCACACACCGACGUAGAUCACCAUCAGUCAGAACAGUCUGUUCCAAAAUUGAUAAUCAAACCAAUCAUACAACCGAACGAGCAGCCUCAGAGUCCGAAGAUGACCACCAGAAGCUCGAAACAAGUGUUUAGCCCUUCAAGUAGUACAAGUCAGAGAUCUGCGAGUCCUAGAAUAACGAUUAAACCUAUACCUAAACCAGAAGAAUCCGUCGCACCUCUGAAAAUCACUAUCAAACCGGUUUUGAAAGCAGAUGAAAGUCAUAAGCAGAAACACAGUCCGAAAUUGACGAUUAAACCGAUUCUUAAACCUGAGGAAGAGUGUGUCGAACCCAAAGUCCACAGUCCUAGAGUAACAAUUAAACCCAUUAUUAAGCCACCAGAAGAAGUGGAACAAGUCUCGAGUCCUCGAAUUACCAUCAAACCCAUUGUGAAACCCACUGAGAAUGUUACAGAUUCUACUCCGAUUACUCCCAGAGUAACUAUUAAACCAGUUGUCAAACCGACGGAGAAAGACAAGAAUGCAGAUCUUGAACAGGUAGAAAGGUCCAGCCCGAAAAUCACCAUUAAACCUAUCUUAAAACCUCAAGAAACGGACUCUGCUCCAGCGGACGAUUACGAGGACUCGAUCAAAGAGAGGAUAGUGUUGAAGAUCAACAAAGGCACCAUACCUAGCGGCAGCAAGGAGCUGCGAAAACGCGAUGUUCCUCAAGAGGAAGAAAAGUCCGAAAAACUUACAAAAAUCAAAUUGAAGUUCUCUAAAGAAGGCGGUCAUCCACACAUCGUACAGGACCAGUCACCGACUAAACGCUCGGCCGAACAGGUCGACCACGACAAAACCAAAAGGUCGAGGCUGGAAACGGAACAUUUUCUUCCCGGGGUUACGAUAACGCCAAUUGGUCCGACGACGCAUUCGAAAUUAAAAGAAAUGUUAAGUCGGCAUGAUAACAUGUCGACCGAUAAAGUGGUGACUAUUGACGAUGAUGACGAUGACGUUACCAUUGUGGAAGAACAAGGAAAACCGUCACCAAUUGUGAUCAGUGAAGAAUCAAAUCAAGAUAGUAUUUCUAAUGCAGCGGUCGACAUUCGGGAUCCUAUUUCUGAAAUUCCAGUGUUCGAAAUUACUCCCGAGAGUGUGAAGACCAUCAAUCCGCAGCUUGCGGUACCUGUUGCUGAGGUUCCGGCACCUUUGCCAGCUCCAAGGAAGCGGGGAAGGCCUCGAAAGGUUCCUCUGCAAGUGCGUGAGGAUUUCAAAGACCCCAAAGAAGAAGAACCAAAACCAGUGAUCGUUGAAUCGACGCGUCCCAAGCGCAGCUGUCGAGGUCAAUCCGUGAGGACGACACUCGGCAUAAAACCGAGAAAACCCCGGGGUCCUGGUCGCGGCAGGGGGAGUAAGAGGGGGAUGGGAACCAGAAGCACCCCCACACCGCCGGAGACGCCGCCGAAGCCCGCCAAGGAGCCGAAACUCGGUGGUACUAAAUUGAAAGAGCUAAAAGAAGACUCAUUUCUAUUGAGUGAUAAAAGUGAAGUCAAAACGAUCGAAAUUGACGAUGGACUUCAAAAGUCACCAUCUAACUCACUGUUAGCACCACCACAAGGUGACACUUCUACAACAGAUAGGGCUGAUAUUGUCAUGUAUGAAGAAGAAACACGUAUGAGUGCGGAAACCAGCAGCAGAGCCCAAACACCGGCCAAGCAGGUGGUUACGACCAUUCCUACCGUCGACCUAGUCGAAGAAUCUCAAAGUUCUGUCCAGAGCAUCCAGAGCACCGCCACCACCGAAAGCGUAAAAGUACGCAAAGGUCCACGUCUAGAGGUCCAUCAAGAACCAGAAGGUGCCGUCAUCUCUGCCGAUCAACUAGCCGAAUACUACUGGAGCGGCGGCGGCCCUUACAUGCUCCAAGAGCAAGUCGCCCAAUUCCUCGGGAUCAAGUCCUUCAAGAGGAAGUAUCCCAACAUUUCGAGGCGCGUCGUCGACAUGCAAGAACGCGAUUUUAUACGUGAAAGUGGCUUGGCUGGGGAGGCCAUGUGUGAUUUAGGAUUGACAGCUGUCAACAGUAGCGAUAUUUUGGACAUUAUGUAUUCGGACUUUCAAGACAAAUACGAAGAGUAUUGCAAGCAUCAGCGCGAUCGGCAAGCAAAGGAUCUGAUUAAUAAGCAGAAAGCGCUCAGUUUGGCUGCUAGUCAGGAGAAGGCAAAGAUGGAUAUCACGCAACAGGCGGUGCAGUCCGCGGCUAGUUGGAAUGCUAGUUUUAAUAAGGCCCGACGGGACCAGAGGAAAUCUUGCAUGGACCUACAAACUCUGACUAUUCACUUCCCCAAGGGUAGAAUGAAACAAAUUAGUAAACCUAAAAUUGGUUACUAUCCAGUAGCUUUAGUUCCAGGACAAUUCACAGAUUAUUACAAAGAAUUUACACCUACGGAAAUCAACAACCUCCCAUUAAACACAAUGUGUUACAAUCCCAUUAUCAAAAAUAUCCACCAAGAAAUGGAGUGUGAUAGUCAGACCGAUGGUUCAGGAUCUGAAUCCGACUCGAGUAGUUCAGACUCUGAUAGCUCCUACAGUGGAUCAUCAGACGCUGAAGAUUGUACACUGUGCAAGCCUGCCCCGAAAAGGGUUGCUGCAGCGCAAUAGUUGCAAUUAAUUAAGACACACUUUUCUGUUUAGUGAUAGUUAAGUUAUAUAAAUUUUUGUACAUACAUGUCAUAACAUUAAUAAAACUUAUAAGGGGAAGUAUGUGUCAUAAAAGAUGAAAAUAACACUUGUUUAGGUGUGGACUUUGUUACACGGAGUUGUGUAAGCAGUUGACUAGAUCGGCUGUGAUUUUUUUUUGCACUUAAUAUUUUGCUUUAUGUUUUUAUAAAUAUACGUUUUCUUAAGA